UACGCAACCUGUACGGUGCGCGCUCUCCCGUUUCCUCCCCCUCACUGAUCAAUCCGCAGGAGGCCUGUAUCGAUCAUCUCCGCCACGAGCCUGUAGACAAUACUUCAUUUCUCAUAAAUCUGAUUUGCAAAUGCAGAUUCUCCGUGGCAGAGAGAGAGAGAGAGAGAGAGAGAGAGAGAGAGAGAGAGAGAGAGAGAGAGAGAGAGAGAGAGAGAGAGAUGAGUGGACGCGCAUCAUCAGGCGUGUAACACAUUCACGUUGGAUCCUCGCCCUCGCUCCAGCCGCGCACUCCUCGCUCCGUCUCCUCCCCAUCCCUCGGCCGGGUUCGUGCGGCUCUCUCGAUGGUGUGAUCCGGGGGAAUAUGUGAAGAUCAUGCGGGCGGUGUGGUGCUUCAUGGUCUUUGCUGCAGUGGGCGAGAGGCUUGCGGUCUCAGGUGUGGACAGGAGCCCGGCGCAGGAUGGAGGCAUGUGGGGCUGGUUUACCCCGGCAGGACGGCCGGACAGCGGGGACACGGCGGCCGAGAUCACCCACCCGAAGUGGCUGGUGCAGCAGACUGAGUCGGAGGAGGAAGUGGCUCAAGACUACUUCGAUACCAGGGUGAAGAACCGCACUGGAGACACACUGCCACUUCACUUGGCCCAGACCUGUUUCCGAGUGGAAGCCUUUGGACACACCUUCACUCUGGACCUGGAGCUAAACCAUCACCUCCUGUCUUCAGAAUACGUGGAACGGCACUUUAACCAGGAUGGCAGACCCUCGGAGUCUGUGGGAGGGGAGCACUGCUACUACCAGGGAAGGUUAAGAGGUUUACCAGAGUCCUGGGCUGCUGUCUCCACCUGCCACGGCCUGUGUGGCAUGUUCUCUGAUGGCUUCUUCUCUUACGGGAUCGAGCCCCUUAACAAUGGGACCAGUCAGGAUGGUGGAGCUCACUUAAUCCGCAGGAUGCCUGAUAUCAGACUUUCCCCCCACUGCACAGACUGUACAGAGGACAGUGAGUGGGAUCGCAGAGGAGGUGACGGUGGUGACGACAGACCGGACCAAGUGAGGGAGCAGCAGGUGUCCGGGGGCCUGAGGCGAGCCAAGAGAUUUGUUCGCAAGCCCUCUGUCCAGACCGAGACCAAAUACAUUGAGUUGAUGGUGAUCAACGACAAUGAAAUGUUUGUACAGCUGCGUAACUCAAGCAGCCAAACCAAGAACUUUGCCAAAGCAGUGGUCAACAUGGCCGACGCGCUCUACAAGGAACAGCUGAACACAAGGAUCGUUCUGGUUGCCAUGGAAACCUGGACCUCUAAUAAUAAGAUGCCGGUCGUUGAGGACCCAUUGAUAACGCUGCAGAACUUCAUGAAGUACAGGAAGGACACCGUCAAGGAGCAGAGCGACGCUGUCCAUCUUUUCUCAGGGCGCACAUUUCACAGCAGCCGCAGUGGGAUGGCCUACACAGGAGGAGUGUGCUCUCAGACGAGAGGCGGAGGAAUCAACGAGUAUGGGAAUGUCGGUGCAAUGGCCAUUACUUUGUGCCAGAGUCUUGGCCAGAACAUCGGGAUGAAGUGGAACAACGCCCGCAACUCUGCAGGAGACUGCAGGUGUCCGGAUGCCUGGCUGGGCUGCAUCAUGGAAGACACGGGAUACUAUCUGCCCAGAAAGUUUUCUCGCUGCAGUGUUGAUGAGUACAUCCAGUUCUUGCUCCAGGGGGGCGGGAGCUGUCUCUUCAACAAGCCCAGCAAGCUGUUGGAUCCUCCAGACUGUGGGAACGGCUUCGUGGAGCCAGGGGAGGAGUGUGACUGUGGAUCCCAGAUUGAGUGUGCCCGGAGCGGAGGAGCCUGCUGUAAAAAGUGCACGCUCACCCAUGAUGCCAUGUGUAGUAAUGGACUCUGCUGCAGUGGCUGCAAGUACGAGCAGAGGGGCGUGGUGUGUCGAGACACUGUGAACGACUGUGAUAUCCCAGAGACCUGCACCGGCGACUCCAGCCAGUGUCCUCAUAAUGUCAACAAGCUGGACGGCUACAUGUGCGAUAACAGUCAGGGUCGCUGUUACGGUGGACGAUGCAGGACUCGUGAUGGACAGUGUAAAGGACUGUGGGGUUAUAAUUCAGCCGACAGGUUUUGUUAUGAGAAGCUGAACGCUGAGGGGACAGAAAAAGGCAACUGUGGUCCAGGUCCUGAAGGACAGGGCUGGCUGCAGUGCAACAAGCCGGACGUUUUAUGCGGCUUCUUGUUCUGUGCCAACAUGACGAUGAAGCCAAAGUUCGGAGACCUGCAGGGGGAGGUGACCAGCUUCACCCUCUACCAUCAGAACAAGUACCUGGACUGCAGAGGCGGCCAUGCUCUGCUGGAGGACGGCUCUGAUCUGGGCUAUGUGGAGGAUGGCACUCCCUGUGGUCCCAACAUGAUGUGUUUGGAGCGGCGCUGCCUCCCUGUGGCAGCGUUCAACCACAGCACCUGUGCGCGAUCCAACUUUGGCCGCAUCUGUUCUGACCACGGGACCUGCAGCAACGAGGUGAAGUGCAUCUGUGACCGGGACUACACAGGGAAGGACUGCAGCGUCUUUGACCCCAUCCCCGAGCCGACGGUCCCAACUGGCCCGGAGAAGAAAGGAACAUUCGAAGAGGAAGAUCUGGUGGCGGAUAAGACGUCUGUCUCUGUGUCCAUCUCUAUUGUCCUGUCUACUCCUGUCUUCCUCCUCGCACUGUGUCAUUUCCACAUUGGAGAAGAGGGGAACAAAAAAAAAGAAAAAGUCUUCCACUCCUGCCCCAGAAUCUCUCCAAACCUCUUCCGAUUAUCGUUUCCUCCACACUCCCUCCCCCCCCCGUCUGCUCCUGUUGUCUAUCCUCCCCAGCCGGGCCCUGUGAGGCUCCUCUCACCUCUCACCAGCCAAAUCUCACCAGUGUGGCCGCGGCCAGCGGACCACUGAGGGUGGUGUCCAGGCCUCAGCUUGAGACGAGCAGGUGGCUCUCUCUGCAGGAGAGUCUUCCUCCAGUGUGAGGGCUCUAAGAAUGUGCGACAGUGUCUGUGUCCCUCCUCUUCACAUCUCGGACAGUCUGAUGAAGAACUAAUCAACGUUGGACCAAUUUAAGACUUGACUGUCCAAUGCCUGCCUACACACACUCUUUGGUCCGGGUUAAGCACUGGACCCGCGCACAGAUGGAAUUCAUGUAAAAGGAGGUGAACAGUUUCCUUUUUUCUUAAAGGACCUGAGGCUCAGUUCCUUCAAGGCCUCGACUUCUCGACUUCGUGUCGCCGUGGACGAUGUUCUGUUUGAAUCUGAAAGGUUUCUGGUAACAUGGACACGACUGAGAAGAAAUCCCACACUUGACUGUUGUUCGCAUGUUUUCCAAAGAGAGACUGAGGAAGUACAGUGGAGUUCAUGUUUCAUUGUUAUCUGUGCUUUAAGUUGAGGCAUCCCUCCCCUCUCCUCCCUCCACAAGUUUUCAGGUACAAAAAAAAAAAAGGAAGUUAGGUGUGUUAUGGUUUUGGGAUCAUUUUCAAUCACUGAACUUUGAAGCAGCAGAGACCGCAACUUAGUGUUUUCCUAUAUCACAGACAAACCGACAUACAUUCCACGAUGAUCUCGUCUGUGUGCGUGCGCUCACCGGUUUCCGGCCCGCACUUUGUACGCUUACGGAGGUGUUACUGUGUGUGUUUGUUGCACGAGCGAAUGUGCAGGUGCGAGUUAUUUUUAAAGAACAAGGAAGAAUGUACGUGUGUUUACAUUAGUGUUAGGGGCAGUUGUGUGUCCAUGUACAUCUUUAACACCCCUGUUACAGGUAGAGAGGCAGGUUUUUACCUCUAUAAGAGCAUUCGUUUCUACCAACUGUUGUGCGCUGCGGCCAUCGCAACACAAAGGCAGCACGUGAAUAAGGAAUUCAACCGUUUUUAAUGUCAUGUAUCUACAGAAAAUGAGCACUAGCCAACUGUAUGCACACCACUUUGUAAAUAUGUGCAAGAUUUACUGAAUGUUACUGCACUGUAUGAAGAUUUAUUUAAAGCUAUGUUUAAAUUUAGUUUCAGCAAGCGUAUAGCUAUCGGCCUCGAGACGCGACCCGCAUCUGCCAGAUCUCUCCUUUAGUCAGGCGCUGUCUGUUUAUUUGUAACGGCGGCGUUUACAGCCGAGGCCGCCGUCUCACCCUCUCUCUCGUAUCAUUCCAGCUAUCACUGAAAUGUCGUGAAUCUUUUGUACAUUUGUUGAUAGCCCCCCCCCCCCGAGGCCCCACGGGCGAACGCCACACGCCCGGAGACUUUGUAACGAUUCCCACCGCUGUAAAUGACAUUAAUAUAAGAGAUCUAGACCGGGGUCCAGGAGGCAGCUUUGUCUGACACGUGUGCGUGUUAUGAGCUCAGUUUGGUUUGUUUGAGCUUUGCACUAUCGCAGAUGCACUAUUGUUGUAUUACAAUAUGUACAGAGGUGGUAUCAAAUACAAUCUGUGUUUUGAUCCAUUUGAAAAAAAAGAAAAAAAGGGGGAAAUGAGAUGCAUCUCACCCCGUAUUUUUAGACAAUAUCUUUUUGAAUUGAGACGAGAAUAACGAAGAGAACUAAGGAAUGUAGAUGGAUGGAAAUCAAGGGGAAAUAAAAUACUAAAACAUUGAACCACAA